AAAUUCUUGUCUAUAUGUGAUGAACCAUACAACUUGUUGUACACAUUGGUGGUCAGAUCGCUUGUGAUGAUUUACAAAUCCGUUUUAGUGUUCAGAUAUCAUGGUGUUUACAGUAUUCAUCGCCGGCUGGGUCUGAGACUACUUCAGACAGGAGAUAUGGUACAACCUGUGGUUUGCUCUGCUAUGUAGCUGGCAACUGGAAUUAACAUGGCGUUCAACAACUCAACCUUGACCCCUGAGAGCUUAAUUAAAAUACUGGCCAUCUAUAUCACCUGUUGUGCCCUGCCAGUACUGUUCUACUUCACGCCUGGCAUAGUUCCGUCACAGAAUCAGACAUCGCUGACGCCGACGGCAAUCCGCUCCCUGAACCCUGCGGCCAAAAGCCAGCGCCGAAUGCGUCACGGGUCGCAAGCUGCGAACCGAAUUUCAAACCGGUCCAGGGACAGUUCUAUUUCGGAAGGACGUCUGCUGAGAACAAGGCCCGACAACUGGAUAGGGCCAAAGGGAUACGUGACUUUCAAGGACAAACGGCCUUUAAGCAAGCAGUGCCAGUCCUGCGCGCUAGUCAACAGCGCCGGUCGUCUACUGGGUCAAGGCGCCGGUGAGGACAUCGACGACGCCGACUGCGUCAUCCGGAUGAACAGCGCCCCCACGGAGGGCUACCAACAUGACGUGGGUACCAGGACCAGCUUCCGGGUCAUAGGUCACCGCAACUUCCCCCUGCUGCUGUCCACCAUGCGCAAGCGGCGGUGGUAUCUGGGGGACCCGGCCACCCGGUCCGACCUGGUGGUGGUGUGGCACUACGGGGUGAGGUGGAAGUACAACCCGGCCGAGAGGUGGUGCCGGGUGUUCUGUGUCAUGUACCACCAGGUUAACGUGUACCUCUCCUCGGAACAAGUCAUGAAGAGAAAUGAGCAGAUGUUUUACAAGGAGCUCAACAUCUCCAAGUCGGAGGUCAAAGUGUGGAUGUCGACUGGCUGGGGCGCGAUGCUCUUUGCUCUAGAUGUCUGCGAUCAGAUCGAUGUCUACGGUAUGAUCUACGAGGACUUUUGCAGAGAGCAUCCUAACGACACGGCGCCCUACCACUACUACCACGACGACGCCAAAAAGGCAGAGUGCGGCUACUACAACCGGAGUGAGGGCGCCGCACGGCACGGCCACAAGUUCCUGACGGAGAAGGCCGUAUUCGCUAAGUGGGCGGCAGCCUACGGGAUCCGCUUCCACUUGCCGUAUUGGGAUGACCAGCUGAAGGGCUACGGUGCUGACACCGUGGUAGACACGCUGUUCAAGAGGAGGUACCGGGAGUACGAGAGGAACAAGCGGAGGCAAGAACCUCGGGCCGCUCAGGCAAAGGCGCAGAACGCCACACCUAGUGCGUAACACGUCAGAAUCCGGUUCGCUAGUGAAUUCGUCAUGUACGCGCGCGCACCACUGCACUGGCGCCCAUUGGAUAAACACUCAAGUUGCGUUACUUUAUGUUUAGUGGGCGCGGUUUAACUGAACCGACGCCACAAUAACGAGCCAGAUAAAGGUUCAGAUCGUACGAAGUACCAGGUGACCAUCCGGAUCCCCGUGAUUGGUAGAAUUGGCUAAGUUUGGGUUGCGCUCGGUCUGUAUCGUACAUUGAUCUCCAUAUGGAGAUCAAUGGUAUCGUACCAUAACGCGCCCUCAUGCGUCAAAUCCAGACCAACAUGUUAAAAUCGUACAUGUACAUGUUAUUUUUAUGUGAUGCAGCAAGCUAUUUCGACUUGAGUCAAGUCUACGUAAUUGGCCGCUAUUGCAGUAGGCAAGUGUUGGGUUAGUAACCACGUUGUCCUGUAAACCAGACCAUAGGCUUAUUUCCAUUUAAAAUAACUGCGAAUUCUUUAUCAAAUGGCAUAACGCUUACUGCCUGUGCUGUGCACGGCUGUUAUAAUCGUUCUGACCCAGCACUAGGUGCUGGCUCCGCGUUUUCCUCGUAGUUGUGUCAUCCAUCACAGCUUUGAGGCUUGCCUAAUACCUACUGAGCGGCGUACUAUACGACCUUUGCCUACCACAAUCGACCCUGACUUGGGUCACGUGGGUCAGUGACAUCAAUCUAUUUUCACAAGUUCAGGAAAGUCUAUUAAGCAGUAUUUGCACGGACUACACGAACAAAAAGAAGUGUGUUAAAAUGCCUUUUUUUAUAAACAAAAUGAGAUAUUUUCUUUUUUAUUGAAUCAAUUGAAAAAAUGAGUUUAUUCACAAUGCUUAAUAAUUAGAAGGCUAUCUUGAUAAAUAAAAGUCUGAAUAUUAAUAUUUGAAGUAAAAAAAACCCACACGGAUGCUGCAAUACUUUGAUCGUAAAAUCUGUAUUCGUGUAAAAGUGAACUCUUAAAGUGAAGUUGCUUUAGUUAAUUACUUAAUACAAUCGCUGCAUGCGAACUUUUUUGACUUUCGAAAGCUCAAAAACAUAUUUUUCGACAAACGAACGAGACUACAAAUUUUAGCACUAACAGUUUUACUUGGAGUCACUUUUGUUCACAGCUCUUAGUCACCGACAGUUAAAAAAAUAUUCAGGAAUUUUAAUUGGAAAAUAAGAAUGUGAUCUUAAUGGUCAGUGACAUCAAUUUCUCAGCUAACUGAAGAUUAAGAUUUAGGCAAGCUGACGUUCUCAGUGCAUUUUUAAUUUAUAGAAAGACUCAAGGUAAGUUCAAGGACAUCGCCUUUUAAAAGCGAACACAGAAAUACAGUCGAGUCACACCAUGCAAAUAAAGACAUAAAAUUUCAAAACGCCAUCAUGACAAUUUUGAGUCCCCAUGAUCCGUGACAACUUCAAGUAAGUCUUAAAAAAUUACCACCUACAAGUCCAAGUAAUCUUUAUAAAAAGAAGCAGACCGCAACCUUCUCUCAUACUCAAAAUAGCACCGUUUUAGUCCAUGCUGGAAACGUGAGUCGUUUUACGCUUUUCUUUGGUUUUACAUUAACUUUUAGUACAUUUCUUUUCAAAAACAUGAUUGAUAACCCUUAAUUAUGGCCUAAAUCGUAUGAUCCCUGGUUAGAACAACGUGUUUAUAUCCAGCCACAAUUGACUUGAGUUAAAUCAAGAGAAGAAAAACGACCAAAAAGUCCUACAUAAUAAAUAAUGUUCAGUUGUCACUUAUUUGAAGUCAAUACAACUGCAUUUUUAGCAGUUUGAUUUGGACAAAAUAACAUAUCAAGAAUUUGUUACAAAUGAAGUGAAACAUUCAGUGCAUUUUAAAAACUACCAAUUUCCAAAAUGUUUCAGAGUUUUGAAAGCUCUGUUCAUUCUUGGCCAAC